AUGGAUAAAUUAAGUGAUAAAAGUGAUUUGUACAGAUUUACCAAGCGAAAUAUUCAGAUGAACAAGAAAUUAAAUAAUAUUGUUAGAAUAUUUUACCUGCCGGAAUCACACGAUUCUUUAAUUAACACUAUAGGAUAUUUUAGUCAUAAAUAUGACGAUGACAAUAAAAAUAUGAAUAAUCAAAAUACACAACUUCUAGUAAUCUAUAAAGAAUGUGGAUUAGGCGAGGAAUUAUUUUUUGAUAAUAUUAAAUCACUGGAUAAACUCAAGAUUGAAUGA